GCCACCGCAAGAGGCUUGGCUGACAUAGCCCCAUAGUUCGGCCCCCUAUUCGCUCCCCGCAGUCCUUUGUUCUGUGGUCCCACGCUCACCACACCACCACUCGGCCUCGAAGCUUACGCGGCCCUACCAGGCGUCAACAGUCCACCUAGUCUAGGCCUGUCAAAGCUCCAUUAGGUAUAAUAAAACGACAUGUGAAUGGCUCGAUUAAGAGCCGCAGCCAGAGGCCACGAAGAGCUGUCGCGUUCUCUGCCCCUCUCAAGAUCAAGAAUGUGACGCACAGUACACAGUUUUCUUUAAACCUCACCGUCGUGGAGAGAAUAUCCUAUAUCUUCCACCUUGUAAUGGUCGGCCAAAAUACUAGCCAAAUGAUGGCGUGUCUGUGGUCCCCUAUUGGAAAGUUAACGAAUCGGCCCAUCUCAACCGACCAUGCAUUACAGCAGGGCAACUUACAAGUUGGUGAUGUACACUUCCACGAGUGAUGGUGGGAUGUAAUCGGUCACGGUAUUUUCGAUAUCCAGAGCCUCGACCUCGGGACCGUCUGCAUAGCUCACAAAGCUGGAUGGGUUGCCGAGUUCACUAAUGACAGCCUCGUCCGAUGGAUCCUCCGGGCAAAACUUGUAGACGGCACCAAGAACAAUGACAGGCUUCAAAAACUCUCUGGCAGCUUGAGCAGCAAUGCAGGCACCGCUGUCUACAAGCAAGCCACCGUUUUGGUAAAUCACCUUGGCACCAAAAAUGACCUUGUUCACCCUGGGAAUAUAGGCCAUCAACCCAUUGCUGGCCAAGUUGAUGGUGGUAACUCCGUGCGAGUUGAGCUUCUUCCUCAAUGCCGCAUAGGGCUUCUCACCACUUCCUGGCUCGAUAGGGUCGAUACUGGCAAUGAAGACAGUAAACCGCCGCCUCGUGGCAGCCUUGAUGAGAAACCUCUCAACCGUCUUGGUGGGCUGAUAGGCAAGCACAUACUCGCCAGGGUGAAUCUGGAUAUCCGCAAAACUCGCAAUCUGGUCAUCGGCCUGCUGGAUCUCGUCCAUGAUUUCCUCAAUCCCAUUGAUAACCUCGGUUCGCAGGGCAUGUACACUGGCAGGCUGCGCCUGAGAAAGUGGUGUUGAAGCUCCAGUCAUGGGUGUGUCGGCAGCAGUGGCAGCUGAGAGAAUGUUGAACAUGGACUUGGACACCUGAAGGCCGCCUGGGGCAGCAGUGUUGGAGCGCAUAAGGACUGGGGUCGGGGCAGGCCGUUGUGGUGGAGGGUUGGUAGGGGCAAGGCUCUGGAUAUCGGAUGCCGAAUCGCUGCCCAAGUCGUCGGCAUUAUUUCUGUCCUCGGUUGCCUCGUCGCGGAUGAGGCCCAGCACUCGGCGCACAAUAUUUCCAAUUACUGGCUCGUGAGGGGCAGCUCGUGCAAGUCUGGACCCAACACUCUGGACUCUGCCCAAGAGCUGGUCAACAUCGUGCCAUUUCGAUCGCGCAACAACCUGGAGGAGAAUGUGGGCUGUCGCAACGGCGCAGUCAUCGCCCUUUACCUGGCGGCGCUUGAGGAGACUAACAAGAGAGGAACAAAAGUCAGAAGAGCUCAAAACACCGCAGCACAAGGCAGUCACCUACAAAAUUAAAGCUUCGAUUGAAGCCUCAUAGGGCUGACUCUUGAGGGACUUGAUCAGCUUGUCCAAGCUGGGGGCAUAGUUUGCCUGUGAUGGUGGCAUGGCUUUGUGUGUGUGUGUGAAUAUAGACAGUAUCAACCGUAUAAGCCACUGAGGAUCAAGGAUAUGUUUCUGAACAAGAUGGGUGACCCCGCGGUUCGUGCUGGGAAAUCGCGGAAGCUCGAAAACGGCAGGUAUGAUGUUUCUCGUUGUCUGUCUCUUUGCGGUGUAGAAUAUGGGCUGAUCAAUUGUCUUGCUGAAGUCUCUUUGUCAAAUCACUUGUCUUAACUGACUGGGAAUUUGGCUUUCGCUUCCAGAAGAACGGAAUGAGUCAAUGUGUCACUGCAAGCUUCAGCCCUGGGGAACGAACCGUGGAAAAUUAUGGUGGGGUACUUUCAGUGUCCCGCAUUGAACACCCCACCCCGCCCACCUUUCGCUCAAUCCGGCUCAUCUUCGGCCCUUUGAGCUCCCCUCAACACCGACCUUUUUCUCAUGAUGAUCCGAGCGCCUACACUGCUUGGCAUCGGGGCACGGGCCUCGACACUGCCGCUAGUGCCAGAAAUUCUUGGAGCUGGCGGAACGGGCAUACAAUUGGCCUACAAAAUUUCUGGCUCGUCUUUGCAUCUGAAAAUCUGCAAGUCUCGACUCGUCUGGCGGAAAGGUGACAGCAUUAUAUUUGUUGAUUCCCCCCUCUUAAUCGACUCAAUUGCUUGUAUUAUCCGGACUAUUCGGUAAUCACAGCUCUUAUUUCACCCCGCCCAUCUUCGAUUUUCACGCGCCGAGCUCAGAAAGUCGCCAAAAUGACCACCAAGGAAGUCGUCGACAUUGUUGACAAGAAGGAGAAGAAGGAGAAAAAGAGCAAGGACAAGUCUGAGAAGAAAAAGGAAAAGCGCUCUGAUUCUGCCGGUGUCACUAAGGAGAAGAAGGACAAGAAAAAGGACAAGGCCAAGCAGGAGAAGCUUGCCCGCGCCGCUGAGGCACAUCUUAAUGCUGAGGCCGCUGCUGCGAAGGUGGACAGCGACGUCGAGGUCGAUCGGGAGGAUCUUAUCAAGCCUGCCGAGGAGCUUGUCCCAUUUGCCUUCCCCCUGGCCGAUGACAAGACUCACAAGAAGAUUUACAAGCUCAUUAAGAAGGGCGCGAAAGUAAAGUCCAUCCAUCGCGGUGUUAAGGAGUGCGAGAAAGCUAUCAAGAAGACACCUGCGAAGACUCCCGCGACUGCCCCUAGCGACGCCCCCGGCCUCGUCAUCAUUGCCGGCGACAUCUCUCCUAUGGAUGUCAUCAUGCACUUCCCCCUCCUCUGCGAGGAGCACAACGUUCCCUACUUGUUCAUCAAGUCCCGCGCCGACCUCGGUGUUGCCGCUUGCACCAAGCGCGCCACCAGUGUUGUCAUGUUGAAGCCUUCAGGCAAGAAGGCUGGCAAAGACACCGAGAUGACCGACGCUGAUAAGAAGUCGUCGGCUGAGGAGUACCUCGAGUCCUACAAGGAGGUCCUGAGGAUUGCUCAAAAGGAGUGGGAUGCCCAGGUUCAGCCGUGGGUCAAGGGCACCCACUCUAAGCAAAUCGCCUACCGCCAGGCCAACAAGCAGCAGUAAAUCGGCGCUGCCUGAGCUCCCUGUUGCUGUUUGACUUCAAGGCAGCACGUUUUCUUGCUACAUUCUCAGCAACCAGCAUGAUAUACCCAUACGGAUACCCAGCUUCCCUUGCUUGUCACGCGACUCUACCUCGGCAUCGUUUGUUGGGCAUGUCAUAAGCAGGGUUAUCCUCCUCUCGAUCUCUCCGUCUCUUCAGUCUUCCCUUUGCAUCAAGUUUCUUCGACAACAUGAGCAAACUGCGUAUUCACACUAUUAAUAUUGCAAGAGCUUAUCGUUCAGUCUUUGGAACAGCAUCAAUGGGGGAAUACCAUGAGGGGUUUCAAUGAGAGAAUAUCAGAACCAGAGGAUAUUUUCUUUCUUUCUCUGAACAUCAAUUUGAAGCAUCUUGUCAUUUUCUCGAUGGCAUGGUAGUCGUUGAUUUGGCUUCCAUUGGGUGUCAAACAAAAAAGGCCGGCGUUCAGGGGACAUACUGGGGGGUUUUGUUCAUUGUUUUCUUUUUUCGGCAUUUGUUGAAGUACAAAACAAAAGGGAAUGGGGGUUAGCGGUUAGCUUUCAGCCUUUUUGUAGGGUGUAUAAAAUAUCACAAACACCGGAUGGUGUUUUAUAUUCAAUUUUGUUCAUUUUG